GAACGUUUUGUAAACAAAAGAUAAAAAAUGUUUGAUUUCUGAACCCGUCUCAAGAUUUAAAACUGUUACAAACACCCACAUGUGAUUUCGCAAAAAUUGUUUUAGAUAUACUAAUAAAGGAAAUGCUACUUUUUUUGCAUUAAUAAUUAGAAGGAAAAUGUCUGGUUAUUUGGAAGUGAAAUAUCCGUUUAAAUCAAACCUCGGUCUUAAUCCUUUCAAGUCUUGGAAAAAACAAUGGUGCAUUUUGAGACCUAGUGUAACUUGCAAAGGGGGUGGGUCCCUAGUUGUAUAUUGUAGUGAGGCGGGAUCGCCUGCAGGAACAGUAGAGUUGCCCUCGGGAUGCUUAGUAAAAAGAGCCAAAUCUCGCACGCGACCUCAUGCUUUUGCAGUAUUCACUCUUGAAGCACCUUCUAAACCUCGAAUUCUUCUUGCGGCUCAAAGCCAUCAAGAAACUCAAAUAUGGAUGGAUAAAAUUCGUGAUUUACUAAAUAAUGACAAAAUGAGAGGCUCAGAAUCAUUACUCAAAGACUCAUAUCCUGUAACUGUGAUUGCUACGGAAUUGUCUAGAAAAUGUGGCUUGAUGACUGACAGUGUGCUUACACUAUCUACAUCGGGCUUAGUAAUUUCCCACAAUACAGCCACCACAAAAGUUGACUGGCAACACAUUAUUGAUGUUCUCUUGAUCAGAAAAAAUGGAGACAAGAAUAGAAAUUGCAUCAUUAGUAUGAAUAGUGAUUUUUCUCAAGGUAGUGGUGAAAUGAGAUUUUGUACGCCGUUGGCGAGUGAACUAGUCAGUGCCGUGCGUCAAGGGCUGUCGGCUCGUCACAAGAAACUUAGCCGAAGCGAUGGAGACUUGAGAAGAGAUGACAUAGGUGAAAUUCGCCGCAGCAGCUGGUACAGUGGACCGUCGGAGAUCUCUCUGGAUGACACAGAUCUCAUUAUGACGAAGGAAUAUCAACAAAUGCACAAUAGUGACGUAUCUCAGUUGUCUGAGAUUCCCUGCGAAGAUAAACAAACACCUCUCUCCCCUGACAACAGUGUGUGGUCUCGACGCUCCACCGUAUCAAUAGUAUCGGUCGCUUCGGGCGUCUAUGAGGAAAUUCCCGAAGAAUGGGCGGGCUCGUGCGUGGAUCACACGUACGAGUCCGUUGAGUGCGUAUACGGAACGAUGAGACGGGCCGGAAGACGAGGCGCACCUCCCCUACCCCCGAGACAUAACUUUGGUACAAUGAAGCUUUCUGAUUGGAAAAGCGCUAAUUCGAGCAGUCCUGGUCGCGAUGGAGUCACGCGUCAUAGCUCGUUGGGCUCAUUGCAGCACUGUGCAAAACCACAUCGUUAUAAGCACACCUUCAGUGUCUUUAGGAAAAGGCUAAAAAGCGACUCCCGCGUUACCUCCCCAAAAUCCGAGAAAGAGACAAAAGACGUUGAAACAAAAAAGAAAAGAUUCGAUUUCACACCAACAAGAGACAUAUUCAAAAGCUUCAAAGUGAACAGAAAGAUGAAGAAUCUGAAAAUAACCGGAAAUCUAUCGAAGGGCGAGACGAAAAGUUGUGAAUUUUUGGACGAAACGGAGCACGUAUCGACGAAUCGUUGCUCGAAAUCCGUCGAAUGUAUCGAGAAGUUUGACGAUUUCGAUGUUUCAAUCGAGAUUAACGAGACCAAUGUCUCGGCUCUCGCGCUACCGGAGGAGAUUGUGAAGUUAAUAUUUACAGAGAAAAUUCUCGGAAAUUUUGAGAAUGAAAGCGAGUAUAUGCCCAUGUCGCCGGUACAACCUCCGCCCAUGGAGCAGCAUUAUAUCGUUAUGUCGCCCAAGACUAAAAUUGCUUAAAUGGUUUUACAAAGGAAUUUUGAAUUAAAUACUCGGCCUGAAUAGGAAAAUUUGAAUAAUUAUAAAUUCAAAGUUGUUUUCUAUUUAUAUUCUCAGUAGACAUUUACCCUCUACAUGAAAACUAUUUCCGUCUAAUUGCACUCUCACUUAGUACUUUUACGUCUUUUUUUAUGAUUAAUGUCGAGUGGCAAUUCAAACUAAUUUGGUUUUGUUGACAUGUCUAUCUAGUGAGGUAAAGCAUAGGCUAGAUUCUGGGAUAGGUUCAAGUGCCAAACACCUAUUUGUCUCAUCUGUCUUUUUGAAGGAUUUGGACAAUUAGGAGUUAACAUAUUUAAAAAAAGUUAAAUAAUUCAGUGUUGCGACUAAGUGCUAAGUAUGACAUUGGUACGUCACCAUAUAUAUACUUUUACACAUUAAAGCUAUUUAGCUCUAAGUCUCGGUUCUGACUCUUACACUUAAACCUUAUCUUUGAAUCUUUGUCUAUUGUGACCAAAUAUCAGUAGUGAAAUGUCAAAUGGCAGUGACAAGUGACAUCUUAAAUGAAAACGUCAUAAAUUUGAUUAAAAAAGCUUUGACCAUGUUAAAUGGCUUGAUCUGGACGUCUCUAAUAAAAUACGAAUUAGAUUUGCUUAAUCGUUAAAAAACGUAUCAAUUUCAUGUGUGAAAUGCUGCAAGCUACUUUGAACCUUAUCUAUUAGAACUAUGGUUGUAUAUAUUUGGUAUUGUAGCUUUUAGUAAUAAACACUGCCAAUAGGUCUAAGAAUGUAGGUGGUUUUUUUUUCAAACGUAGUUGAAAAUUGUCCUAAAUAUUACGUAUGUUUCUCUAUUUCACUUUUCUUAGAACGUGAACUUCGACAGUCAAAGCAGAGCAAGCAUCAAGCGAGCGCAAGAUUACAUACUCAUUAACAUUUCACGUCAUUUUACAUAGAAACUUCGUGAAGAAUGAAUGUUCUUCCAUACUUACAUGUUGACUACUACCUUUUUUGUCAUAUAAGUUUAAUAAACUCGGUAACUUAGUCUUAAAGAUAAAUAGUUGUAAUCGCGGCUUAUCUCUCAGAACUUAACUGUCUUUUGUCAAAACGUGUCUUCAAAGAUUUUUCCACGUUCGCAUUUUAAACCAGCUGAACAUAUAAAACUAAUCUUGGAUCUAGUUCCUAAAUAAGUUUUAGAAGAUUAUUACAAUGGGCCCUAGUCUUUCUUUUAACGAUAAUAUUUGGAAUAAAUAAAGAUUCGAUUUCUGGCUCCUUUUGCAAUUACCAGGAAUCUUACAGUUGCGUCUUCAGCCAGUCCUAGAGAUAAAAUUAAUAAAACUUUUGCGGUAUCCCAGAUACACAAAACGUAAUGUUACCUAUAAACCCGUGUGAUUAAAUCUGAUAAAACAUUUAGUUAAUUUAACAAUCAUUUCGGACACAAAAAUCUAUACUGAAUUGUUUGUAGUAACAAUUUCACUUAGUCUAUGUUAUUUUUUUACCUAUUUUAUUGCUAUAGUCUAUGACAAACUCAAAUCGCAAAACAGUACGUCAUAAAUUAUGCAUAAUAUAAGUUAAUUAAAUGGUAUGUAAAGCGUGAGUAAUAAAAUUCUGUUCGCCCUUCCCUUUCAUUGAAAAGUAAAAUAUAGAAACCGUGUCGAGUAAAGAAUUUUAAUUUAUGAAGACUGAUAAAGAAAGGAGUAGUUUAUUUGAACACUUGUCCCAGUAUUAUAUUUAAUAACGAGCUUAAAACGAUACCCGGUUUCUAUACAGAAUACCAUUUGUAAAAGUUAUCAGUAUAUUUCUAUACAAAAUUUGAAUCGUAGAAAUUACGAGUCGUAUUUUGGUUAGAACCGGGCGGUUAGGGUAAAAUGAAAUAUGGAUUUUUUACACAGGUCGAAUUGAAAACUGAAAUUUUUGAUACAAAUACAAAGUUUUGAAAUGAUUACAAUUGAAACUGAAUUGCCUAUAAUAGACGCACGGCAUUUUUCAACAUAUGUGCUAUUUAAUACCUCUUUUACCUUACAAAAUUGUCUAAAGUUCAUUACAUUUUAUUCAGAUGGUAAUUCUAAGUCCAUAUUUCGACCAAUAUAUUGGUUAUUAUGAGUAGUAGCUUUGGUGUUUUGUGAUAUUGGUAUGUUGUUGUGCUUGCGAGCUUUUGUUACGUUUAUCGGAUUUAAGGAUAGACAAAACUAGUACGAAUCGGCAUUCCAUUGAUUUUAGGGAAAUUCCUUCAUAGAAAAAAACUAUUGUAUUCAAUAAUUGAAUGUGUUAUUUAAAGGAAAUCUUACAAACGCCCAUGUUCCAUGUCCAAGUAACAAUUUGUCAUUGUAUUUGAUCCAUCUGUAGGUCAUAAUACAAAUUGUAAUAAUGGGUCAUGUCUAAGGUUAACGUUUAAAAAGUACCAGGGAGGCAGAAAUAGCAAGAGACCUAACUAUGACGUGUUUUGUUUAAUUGGUUUGGACCAUUUUUAGCCCAACCAGAGACACGUAACACACGUGUUUAUGAUUGCCCAAUUAUAAUCAUCGUCAGCAUUUCGUCUCUUGUUAAACGUUCAUAGAAAAUUGCCAAAUUCAAAAGACGUCAAAUAAGAAGUACUUUUGAAAUUAUGUUAAACAUUCUGAGAAAGGAAUUGUUCUAUAAAAAAGGUUAGUUCGAAAUUUGUUGGAAAGGUUAGUAUAAUAUAUAGCUUAAUUCAGCUUAGCAAUUGUAUUUGUUAACUUAAGUAUUGUUUUCAUUGCGCUAUGUUGUAUCGGACUGACUAUAGAUGCAAAAACUAAAUAAGCGAACUCUUUUGUCUAUUUGUCGUAGAAUUUUGACAUGCAAGGUAUCUCUGAAUCUCCAACGAAGAUUUCGCUGUUCGUCAUACGUAACGUCAACUACACUAAAAUACUGGCUACUACCUAUUAUUUCCGAUAAUUAUAAAAUAUAAAUAAAUUGAUUUGUAUGAAACGACUUUGUCCAAACAAAGUUCGAUGUAUUUAUAAAUACCAAAUCGAAGAUUAUAGAAAUAGUUUUUUUGCAAGUCGUAGUAGUUCGUUCAAUUCUCUUUAAUCAUCUAUAAUUCCUGACGGCCCUUUGAUAAGUUCAGUCUGAUAUGCAAAAUUUAAGAUGUGCCUAAUUUAAUUUAGUUGUAAGUACUUAAUAAUUUAAAGUGAUCUCUUCGUGUGAUAAAGCUACAUCACUGCUUCAAUCGAUUAGCUUUCUUCGUAGUAUUAAUAGUAUUAUGGUUUGAUUAAGUUUUUUGUAGCCAUAGUCAAAACGGGUAUUUCAUUGAUGUAAAUUACACGAGAACGCAUUGCCAUCAUAGAAUACUCUUAAAUUAACUUAUUUAGUUACGCGAAAAAUUCUCGGUAAAUUAAAUAAUAUAUUAAGCAUUUCUAUCAGCUCAAUUUAGCAUUUAAUGAUUAAUGACAAAUUUGUCGAUUGGAUUUUGUCAUUGUUAUCGUUGACUAUUUGAGUCUACAAAAACGUUAACGUAAAUCGGUGUAACUAAGUAGUUUUUUGUAAGUGAUGUGUUUUCUAAGGGUUAUAUUCAGAGUCGACUUAGCUCUAUGACACCCGUAUAGGAUUUUGACAAAGGGGGCCAUAGAGUAAUAGAAUGAAACGUUACCCUGAGAUCUGUGAAAAAAAAUAAUACUUUUAUAGAAGUAACCCGUUAAGACUAUGAGAUGUCAAUUCAGUUUAUUUUUAGAGGUUUAUAUAAUUUUUUGGGAUAUGUAUUUUGUUGUGAAAAUUAAGCGAUUUGUAUUUUGGUUAAGAUUUGUGAUGGACCAAAAAUUUUUUGUUAUUUUUGAUGCGCCGCAUCCCGACUUAUUUAAUAAACGUUUGUAUGAU